GUCAAUGCUUUCAAAAGAAAAUAAAAAGAAAUUUAACUACCAGUCAACAGUAGCGAAAAUGGUGUUACCAUUGCCGAUCGAAAAUGAAAACCAAUUCCGUUGGUCGGUAGCAGGUAUACCCUAGUUACAAAUAUAUGCUUUCUUCUCUCUGCUUUCGUCACGCGUCGUAAGUUCAUUCGAAUGCAAUGGACGUUUGUCACCGGCGAAGCUCCCAUCGCUAGCUAUAAAGCGGCCCGGUCCUACGACUUCAACGGCAUUCGGUGCUUGGCCUCGCGAAUCAGUCGAUCGUUCAGUGCUUUCAACAAUCAUGAGGAUCUUCGUUGUUUCCGUUCUUGUGCUGGCUGUUGCCAAUGCAUCGCUUGCUACUGCGGAUGGUGUCCAGACUACUGCUGAAACACUUAGAAAUAUUUAUUACAGAUGUAUUAAUGAUGAAUCGAUGCUAUCGUGUGCCAAGCCAAAACUUCUCAAGUACCUGAGCGAUGCAGUCCAGUUAGAAAAAUUACCAAUCACCGAAGAUUUGUCACUUGUUAAAUCACGUAGCAUUCCCGAAGACAAUGAUUUCGAUGAGUUCCUUGCCUCUCAAGACUCUGUCGAUCCCAAGAGGCGAGAACAAUUACGUUCACUCAUGUUGGAAAAGCUCGACACUUACUUGGCCAGUCAUACGAUCGAAGCCAAAUUGCCUGAGGCUAUCAUUGGCUCAAACAUCGUACCAAGGUCAUUGAUUGAAACUGUGCCAAAAAGCAUCAGCAUCCCACUCAGUGACGCACCCAAUGGAAAUGGACGAGGCUUCGUGAAGAAAGUCAUGAUUCCUUUCCUCCUGGGUCUCAAAUUUAAAGCAACCGCUCUAGUACCUCUUGCUCUUGCGCUCAUUGCUUUAAAAACGUGGAAAGCCAUGACUUUGGGUUUACUCUCGCUUGUGCUCAGCGGUGCUAUGCUUAUCUUCAAGCUUACCAAACCUAAGGUCGCUUACGAGGUGGUACACUUCGGUCAUCCACCCGUUGAACACCCACCUCAUUGGGAUUCUGCACCUCACGGACCUUACAGAGCAUAUAGGAAGUGA